CUCAGAGGCCUAAUCGGGUCAUGGUGCGGAUAUGGAGAGCGCCGUCUGUCGUGGCUUCACACGCGCGUGGGUCUUGCAUUGUAGCAGACGAUAUUCUCUAAUAUUUCACCAGCCCGGGACAUAGUCGACAGGUAUAUAGUUUACCUAUUUUGUUAUCUUUUAUAUCCUGAUAAUGGAUUGUUGUCUUACUUGAUCAAAGUCCGUGUGUUUCUACAUGUGAUAUAAGAACUGACGGACCUCUGAAAUGAACAACGAAUGUACUGUCAUAUUAUGCUACUAAUCAAAAAGUCAAUACUACACGAGGUGCAUCGCAUCACCUUAUUAAUCUGAUCAAGCUUGCGAUCGUGUAUCUCUCUCAAAUCGGCUACUGACUUCACGGGUAGAUGUACUCACCAACUCCGCUUACAGUCUCACUUUUGGAUUUAUAAACAUGGAUAUCCUCACCAUUUCCUGGUCAACCAGCAUCUUACUUCUGAUCAUUUGUUUGGUUUCCCACGGCGGGGCGGACUACCAACUGACGGUCCUCCACACCAACGAUGUCCAUGCACGGAUCGAACAGUUCAACAAGUAUGGUUCCGAAUGUAGCCAGGAGGAUGCCGAGGACGGAGCGUGCUUCGGAGGGGUUGCUAGGCGGGCAACCAAAGUCAAGGAGAUCCGGAAUCGGGUUGCCAAUGUUCUUCUCUUGGAUGGGGGUGACCAGUAUCAGGGUACCAUGUGGUUCUUUCUUUACAAGGGUGCUGAAGCAUCUCACUUCAUGAACAUGAUAGAAUACGAUGCAAUGGCACUUGGGAACCACGAAUUUGACAACGAACCAGAAGGAUUGAGGCCCUUUCUUUUAAACACAUCUUUUCCUGUUUUAAGUUGCAACAUCGAUGCUUCGGCGGAACCCUCCAUCAAUGGUCUUUUUCAAAAACGCAUCACCAGGGUAUUGAGCGGAGAAACGAUAGGAAUUAUUGGUUACACGUACUUCAGAACUCAUGAAAUUUCAUCAUCAGGAGAAUGCAUCUUCCAUCCAGAGGUCCAGAAAAUACAGGAAGAGGUCGACGCUCUUGGUAAAGAAGGCAUCAACAAGAUCAUCGCAGUGGGUCAUUCUGGGAUUAAUAUCGAUUUAGAGAUUGCCCAGAAUGUCAUAGGGGUUGACGUGGUUGUCGGCGGUCAUACAGAUACAUUCCUGUACACAGGUACACCACCAUCUAGAGAGGUACCAUCUGGUGAUUAUCCUUUAGUAGUUGAUCAGAAAGGUGGUGGUCGUGCCCUCGUCGUACAGGACUAUACAUUCGGCAAGUACCUGGGAAAUCUGGAUGUCACCUUCAACGACGCAGGCGAGGUCAUUGCUUACGGAGGGAAUCCCGUGCUAUUGGAUCAUACAGUAACAGAAGAUCAGACGAUACUGGAAGAAGUGGAAAAAUGGGCCGGACUUGUUCGUAACUCGUCUGCCAUGUUCGUCGGGAUAUCCCAUGCUUUCCUUGAAGGAGAUCGUACCAUGUGUCGAGCCCGAGAAUGUAAUCUAGGAAACCUGAUUGCAGACGCCAUGGUCAGUCAGAAUAAUAAAAACCCUGAUGAACUUCGGUGGAAUGAUGUCGGGAUUGCCUUGAUGAACGGCGGCUCGAUCAGGGCUUCGAUCAGUCAAGGUGACAUUACAAUUGGAGACAUCGCAAACGUUCUUCCAUUCGGAAACACAGUUGAUGUAUUAGAGCUACGCGGUAUUCAUCUAUUAGAAGCAUUAGAGAACGCUAUUAGUAUGUACGACUUAGAAACGCUGGAUGGUAGAUUUCUUCAAUUUUCAGGUAUGAGAGUUACAUACAGUCUAGCAAGAGAACCGGGCAGUCGGGUAGUCUUGGCUGAAGCGAUCUGUACCAACUGCACGGUGCCACAUUACGAACCCCUGGACACCAAACGCGUCUACAAGAUCGUCACAAACAGCUUCUUAGCAGGUGGUGGCGAUGGGUACACGGUUGUCAGGGAUAACAAAAUGAACCAUGUCACAGGUAAUUUAGAUUCUGCUGUCUUUGCCGAGUAUAUCCAGCGUCUGUCACCCGUGGCACCCGCCCUCGAAGGGAGAGUCACCGUACUCACUGAGGAUGUCGUAGAUUGCACAGGCAAUGCCUCAAAUUUUGGACCAUCUCAUCUCAUUAUUUGGACUACUUUCCUCGCAAUAAUAUCACAUAUUUUAAGCACGUUAUAAUGAAACCUUUAGAUUCAUUUCAUAAUAGCCCAAUAAAGCUGGGUUCUGUUUCAUGAAACUGAUUUCAAUGACACGUUACAAUAUGUUGUUUCUAGCUACUGGAAUGGUGCUUUUUGAUUGGUCAAUUGCACAGUAAUCAUUGAUGAAAAGUUUUAUGAAACGGCUCCCUUGCUGUCACUAAGAAUAGUUAUGAUAAUGAUUUUUAAAUGUAUAGUCAAAGGAAUAGAAUGGGGAAAUCUGGUUAGCAUUUUUUCAUUGAUCGCUUUGUAAAUCAUGUAAAUGCUGCAUACCUUUAAAUCAUACAUGAUCAUCAUCACCACUAUUAUAAUAAUUAUUAUCAUCAUCAUCAUCAUCAUCAUCA